AUGCCAAAGACGUACGGCAAAAACAACCUCACCAUAUCGCAACUCCUCGCCCGCGACUCCUCCGGCCGCCCACUCUCCUCCUGCCACCUCUCGCUCCGCGACCACGAAAUGGCCCACCUCGAGGAAUGGGCCGCAUCACACCACGUUACCCAGCACUCCCUGCCCACCGCCCAAACCUUCACCCGUCUGCUGGAGGAAAUCCACUACAUCCAAGAUCUCCGGACCGAAAAGGAGGUGUACGAGGUGGCGAACCGCGUCGGCAUGCACUUCUUCGGCGGCGGCGGGAAAGCAGCGGCGGCGGCGGCCAACAACAACAACAACAACAACAAGAAAGACGUGGCCAAGUUGGCGUUCGCCGUGCAGCAAUUGUGGCGGAACAACCAAACCGCCCACCACCAGAGCAACAACAACGACGACGACAACAACGAUGACGAUGUCGUGUCCCGUCAUCGUCGUCGUCAUCGGGAGGAGAAGAAGAAGAAUGCGUACCGCAGCACAACUCCUCCUCCUCCUGCCGUCCACACCCCCCCCUCCCCAAAUCAAAUCCGAGCCUCGAAUCAUCACCACCACCCCUCACAAAUCCGAUCCGCCGUCGCAACAACAACUUUUCCAUCACCCCUCCCAAGUCCUCCUUACACCAACAGAUCGACCUCGGCGGCCAACCACCACCUUCAUCCCACCACCAGCUCCUCCUCCUCCUGCCGUCCACGACGAGCCCGACCACAACAACAACUCCGACGCCGCCCAAAUCCCAACAUGGCGCCCGCCUACAAUUACCAGCUCGCCCGACCCAUUAUCGCUAGAUUCUUCACCGACCAAUCCAUCGGCAAUGUCGCUGUCCUAACCCCGACCUAUCUUAACGACCUCUACGAUCAACUCUCCUGGGAGCGUGGUGCUACCGUCGAACGCCGCCACAAGGGCAACCUCCUCAAAUGGAUCCGUCGCAAUAUGCCCGAGUUCGACGUCGCGCUGGGAGACCGCUUUGCCGCCACGAGCUUAAUUAAUAGGAGUAUGGCGGAGCAGCAAAGCGGUCUCGAUGUUCCGUGUCUCGUUGUUUCGUCGGAUUCUUCGCGAUCUUUGAAAUUGGCCAUGGAGGAGCGGACAGCGAGCUUCAAUAGUCGGUCCACUUCUUCUACGGCCGAGCGGACAGCGAGCUUCAAUGGUUCGUCACGGUCGACUUCUCCGUCAUCCUUUGAAAUCGACAUCGAGGAGAGGACAGCGAGCUGCAAUGCUCCGUCAACUUCUGCAUCAUGCUUGAACUUGGACAAAGAUGUGCAGAUGGCGGAUUGUUAUAAGAGCAUUAAGACUUUCGGAGAUCGAGACCGUGUCUGUAUCAAAAUCGAGGAAGAAGACCGAGCGGAACAGGUGGUCAAGAUUGCAGUUGGUCGUUCCGAUCUACGCAAGAGAGCGACGCCCAGAAACACCGGCAAGAUGACAUCGGUCGUUGCUCAGCCGAAAGAGCGUCCACUGUCGGCAAUGAAGAAACUCCACCCGUCUGCGAGCGAGAAGAUCGUUCCGAAAAAAGGCAAACAGAUCGAACUUCACACGUUCACCACACUGAUCUCAAACGAUGAGACCAAGUCCUCGGACAUCACCGACAUCAACGCACAGCUACCUUGCGAGCAGGUUGCCACCACGACCAUCCCCUACCCAUCUCCGCCUAUGGUUUCCUCCGACACCUACACCGCCGACUACAUAUCCCGACUCUUCGAGCCAUACAAUGUGAACAACAACCAGAUGUCGCAGAUGUCGCAGGAGAACCUCCUCCGUUCGAACGCGCACUACCACGCCAAUGUUGCAGCGGUCCCAGCUCUCCCACCGUCGUCACCGACCCCUCCUACUACAGAAACUUUGCGUUACAUCUUCCUCGCCGCGGAGAAGUUCUUGCACGACGGAGCGGUCGUCGACUGCCUUUUAGAGAUCUCCCGGGCGACAGCGCUGGUGUAUCCUUUGCUUCGGAAGGAUGUUACACCGUAG